GCGAAAAAUGUUGUGAGGAGCCGCAAACUAAAAUAUAUAGUAUAUAAAGCUUGUUUUGAAAGGUAUUUGCAUAAUUGCCAUGGGGUUUUGUUGCAAACUAUUGACCCUUUUGCUGGCCGCUAUUUUCAUCCAUGUGUCUCUCUCCUUGGAGUUCAUGGACGAAGGCUUCUUGGCCAACGAUGAGGCUGAGGAGAACUCCGCCGAGGUGCCAGCCAUCAUAACAGGCUAUACGAGGGACACCAUUGCUCAUUUCAGUCCCCGCAGACCGGAGGCAGGUUUCCGGCAGCUGUGGGAGCGGGUUCCUCUCCAGAAAGAUGUGAUCAAGAGGCGUUAGUAGGGAAUAUUUACCAUUAAAACAAAUAAAUAUUUGUA